AUGAUGUUCAUUAAAUUACUUGCAGUACUUUCAAUUAUACUUGGAAUUGCUAAUUCACAAGGUGCAUAUCCAGAUGUAUCCAAUGCUUAUCUCGGAGCUGGUGAUACUGGUUUAUCGUACUAUCCAUCAUACCUUGGAUUAAAGAUGCAUAUUCGUUGCUACUCGAAUGUGACAACUGCCAACCAAAACGGACCAACCGCUCUCUUUGAUGCCGGUCUUCCAUUCUUUUCGACUGCUUGGGUGUCUGUGAUCCCAUCUGUUCUCCAAAACAUGCCAGCUUGGAACAUUAGCAAGGCUUGUUUCAUGGAUCGUUAUGGCUAUGGCUGGUCCGACUCUGCUCCAUACCCCAUCACCACCCAAGACUAUGUCUUCCGUCUCCACGGCUCACUCCAAGCUGCCAACUUGAAGGGCAAAUACAUCCUCGUCGGAUGGUCAUGGGGCUCUAUCUUUACCCAAGUCUUCUCGCUCACCUACCCCAAGGAAGUAGCCGGUAUUAUGACUGUCGACGGAACUGACUCCAAGUGGGGAUUCAUCUCUGCCAAUCAACAAUCGAUCAUCACCUACACCAACACCUACAUGAACUUUAUGAGUAUGAACAACAUGGGUACUCUCCAAUCCUAUGCCAACGAUGGUAAUGUCGCUCUUGGUUUUGGUUUCUUCCCCAAUGGAUCGGUCGCUAUGGGUUUCACUCCAAACUCUGUCUCUACCUCUCAACAAGUCUGGUUGACCAACAAGUAUCUCAAGACUGCCGUACAAGAGUUCAACAUCAUGGUCAUCUCUUCUGCCGUCCUCAACUUUACCUAUGCCAUCAAGGGUUCAAAUCCACUCAAGGAUCUUCCAUACGUCAACAUCUAUGAAACCAUCUUUGACCAAGACUGGAUCGACCGUCAACUCUUUAUGGCUUCACUCUCUACCAAUUCUAUUGCCGUUCCCUAUGCAACUGAUCACUUUUUCCCAUGGUCUAAUGGGGGUGCCAUCGUCUCUGGUCUUACCGCUCUUACAAACAAGAUUGCUACCAAUCCAGCUGUAGUUUGGGGUGCCUAA